UUAAGUGAAAAAAAACACCAAGACGACUCCAUACAUGGUCGCUGAUCCCCUUCAUUCCCCAUCAAAUCAUGGUCGAAACCCACACCGCCGUCACGGUCCAGGAGGAAGGCAUGGAGAGGAGGACGGAUAAGCAGGCGAAGAAGGAGGAGAAGAAGAAGAGGUCCUCGGAAACGCUAGCAGACGGCCCCGGAGUAUCGGAAACCCUUGACCUCGAUCGUGCGAGCAACGGGUGGGGCGACGCCCGCAAGGGGAAGGGGGGAGAAAUCCUUCUCCGAUCGAUUGCCGCUUUUCUUGAGAGCAAUGGGUUCUCCAAAACCCUCUCUGCCUUCCAGUCCGAAGCCCAGCUCGAGAUGGAGUGCUGGAAAUCAUCUGUUUUGAACUUUGAUGAUCUAUUAACGAAGUGCUUGGAGCUAAGUAAGGGUCAUGCAGAAGCUAGCAUUGAUUGGCUGAAAGAGGAAGACUCAGAAAAUGUUGGUAUUUCUACAGAAGCAGAAACAAAAAAUAUUUAUAAUGCUGAACAACUACACAAGAAAAAGAGAAAGAAAAGUGAUGGCAUUGAUAAUGGCACAAAAGCUGAGAUAUCUAAAACUGGACUGGCAAACAGCUCUGAUGGAAUUGUUGGUACUGUGGAAAAGAUAUCAAACAAACAAGUGGAUGAGUUACAGGUAAAAUCUAAGGAGAAGAAAACAAAAAGGCUGACUUCUGAAGAUUGCUUUGUUGGAAAUACUCAAGUUUCUCAAGAGAAGACCCUGAAAGAGUCGACGAGUAUGGAUGAUAUAACUGACUUCAAGAAGUUGAAAUCGGUUGAUGGCUCAUAUGUUGAAACUAAAGAUAAGAAAAGGAAAAAGAAAUUGGCUUCUGACUCACUUGGUAAAAAUGCUGAAAAGAAUCAGUCGGAGGUUAGUCAUGGGACACUUGAGAAUAAUGUUCAUGAAAAUCAGUUGCUAAAACCCCAUGUAAAUGAAAAAGAAAAGAGGAAGAAGAAGCACAUGAUGGACUCUGAUUCUUGUAAUGAAAAAUCGAAGCCUAGCAACUAUGGAAAAUUUCAAGAGGUGAUUAGAGAUAAAUUAGAGGAAUUGAAGUGUUUAACCAAUAAAUCCACUGAAUCAAAUGCCAAACAUAAAGAUGGAAAGAAAAAGAAAACCAAAGAAAUCUCUGAUUCUCUUGCUAAAACAAUUGGGCAAUCAGACCUAGAAGCAUCUCAGAUUGUAACUAACAAGAAAUCUAAGGACUCAAAAUCUGCAGGUUGUGAGAACAGCACUGAUUCUAAACUACUGGAUUCUGUGACCAAGCAUGCUGGUGUCAAGGAAUCAUUGGACCAUAAAGAUUCUGAAUGUAAGAAGAAAAGGAAAGGCAAAUCAAUUUCUGAAAGUGCCAUUGGCUCUGUUCAGGUAGAUGGAAGAUCAUCUCAUGAAGAUCUAAGAAAAUCAGAUGCCAAGAAGGAAAAUGUCCCUGUAUCUGAAGAUAAUGUUGAUAAAAAUGAGAAGGAAAAAUCCAAGAAAAGAAAAAGAUUGGCCUGUGAAGAAGAAGGGGUACCGAUGGACAAGGCAUCCAAAAUCAAACCUGAAGUUACUGAAGAUUACAUGGAAACAGAGACCCUCGAAAAUUCUCGCAAGUCUUUGACAGAGUAUGAGCACCCUGUUCCUGCUAAAAAGAGGAAAACAGAAGAAAACAAGGAGAAUACUAAGCCUUCUGGUGAACAACUUGAUGGUAUUAUCAAGUGUAAAGAUAACCUUAGAACACAUGAUUCACGGAAGGAAGUAAUAGGACAUCAAGUGGUAAAUGGAAAUGGUGAAGAAGAAGCAAUGGAAGGUGGCAACUCAUCAAAAUCAAUAAAGAAAGAAAAGAAUUCAGCAGAGCCAAAAUCUGUCAAUGCAUUUCGAAGGGUGGUGGUGGAUGAAGUUCAAUUUUCUGAUAAGAGACUUCAAGAUAAUUCUUAUUGGGCUAAGGAUGGUGCAGAAAAUGGAUAUGGUGCAAAGGCACAAAAUAUUCUUGGUCAAGUCAGAGGAAGGGACUUCAGACAUGAAAAGACCAAGAAGAAGCGUGGAACUUAUAAGGGAGGACAGAUCGAUCAACAGUCACGUUCUAUAAAAUUCAACCAUUCAGAUGAGGAAUGAACUGAUGCCUGUGAAACAACCGCAUCUUAAAGUGCCUUCUGCAUUUGAUAGUCAUUUGUCAAGCUGUGUUCCAAUUGCUGUUCUGGGAGGUGUCGAACAUUGUUGCCGUUGUUGCGAAAUGGUCUCCUAAUUUUGAUAUUCUGUUUCUUCUAGUAGAUUAUGCAAAACAUCCAGUGUUUCCAAGCAUCAAAUAUUUUCCAAAAUUUUGACCUUAAAAAAAUUUGCCACUUGUUGUAAGCGGCGAUACAUAUUUUGUGCAUAUCAUCUGCAAUUGAUAAACAAGAAGGUGAGAGUAUUUGGUUUGUGAACUUUA